AUGGCGGAGCAAGGCGAGAUCGAGCUGCGUCCGCAAGGUGCGCUCUCUCUGGCAAAUGAGCAGGGCUCAAGGAACGUGAGGUUGGCUGACGACUGGCGCCACGACCGUUGUGUCUACGAGGCUUGGCACGACUUGAACCUGGGCGGCCACAAUCGUUUCUUUUGUGGCGGAAGGUGCAUGGCAGGCCCAAACAUUGACCAUCACUUCCAGCUCUGCACUUUCUGUGCUCUGCUUGUGCCUUCGCUUUUCUAUGGUCUCUUCUGCGCGCGCUACCUUUGGGAGAAGGUCAGCCCAUGGAUGCCUGUGCUCACCGGCAUCCUGCUGAUCUCCACCAUUUUUCUGUGGCUGCUGACGGCCUGCACAGACCCAGGGCUGUGGGUGGAGGGUGCAGCCAUUUGGAGGGGCUACGGUCCUUCAGUUCUAGCCCUGAUCAACAGUCGAAAGUACCAGGACUUUGGCAUGGAUGCGCCGUGGACGACGUUCAUGAACAUGACGUUGGCGUCAUCGUUAGGCCUCUCGAGUUCGAGUCAGAGUCAGACAGCUCAGACUGAGAACGAAAAAGACGUGAGGCGAACACCGCUGUCGUCCAAAGCCAAGCCGUUUCGCUCCAAAACUGCCGGGUACUGUGCCGCCAUUAAGUCUGGAUUCGCGGACUCCACGAAAUAUCCAUACAGCCCUGAGCUGCAAGACUACGUCUACCUGAACAUGGGAAACAUGACGCCAAGCGUCGUGAGCGGAGAGGAGAGCGCAGGAUAUGGCACUGGUACUGGAGCUGGGCACCAGUCAGUUGACAGCAGUUGUGAGGAAGCUGUGGCACCACGAAGGGCCACUGUGGACAAGAGGACAUUGCGUCUACCAUCGCGUACCCCGUCGCCGGAGCGGAACUUCCAAUGGCCUGCGCUGCCAAGGCAGCCAGCGUCCACGCUGCCGGAGGAGCGGGGAACUUCGAGCACUUCCCCUUUGUUCAAUCGGACAUGGGGGCAGUCUCCUUUGAACACGAUCGACGACAGUGACAGUGUGCGAAGAGACUCAUUCGAGGAGCGCCGAUCGCUUCCUGGGCAACUUCCAUUGCUGGUCAAGCGGACGUUUAUACACUAUGACGACGACGAGCUGGAGCCCGCCCGAACGGAUUUGAACGGAUCCGCAGGCCAAGCCAGGCGGCGAUCAGAAUCAGCUCCGGCAAGACUGCUCUCUCGGCAAGCUGGUCGAGUUCUUGAGGAGCACGCCAACGGCACGUGCAAGCCCUGCGGGUAUUUCUUUGCAAAAGCAGAUGGCUGCCGUUGGCACAACACCUGCACAUUUUGUCACAUUUGCCCACCUGGAGAGCUGAAGCGGCGGAAAAAGCAGAAGCGUGCCAUGCUCAAAGCCAGGAAUGCUGCCCAGGCUUUACAAAGUGCCUUGUUUGCAAGAGGAAGCCUACACGGCACUACACGGCUUCGUGGGGCUCCGAAGAGUCUUAAAACCUUGAAUAUACGGGUUUGCAUUGAAAGUCCCGGCAGAAACGUUCUGUUGUCAAUUGCGGUCUGA